AUGGAAAAGCUAGUCUUUAAGGACCGUAAUCACCUGUGGCCAGCCAUUUCUCUUGCAUAUGAGGUUCCUGAAACGGAUAUUAUGCAAAGACCUCCCAGAAAUCCUGAAUACGACAGGCUUGUUAACAUAAGGUUAGAUGAUCAAUAUUUCAGAUUAAUUCUGUUCUCGUAUUUACAAGUGGGUGUUUUUCAAAUGUAUGCCGGUUUUGUGACCUACUUUGAGGGGAUGUUUCAGACAUACGCUGCCAGAAAAGGACUAGAAGCAAGUUGUCACAGUGGCUAUUUCUUUGCUGUGGUCGCACUGCAAUGGUCUGAUGCCUUGAUCUCUAAAACGAGAAAGAAUUCCAUUGUGAUGCAGGGCACAGAGUAA